AAUACGGACUGCAGGUGCAUUGGGAGAACAUUCUCUCGACGAUCAUGGAUCCACGAGUAUCGGCAUUGUGGUUGGUGCUCCUCUCGCUCUUGGGAGGCUCGCUCUCCUUCCAGGACAAGGCGCCAGUGCAGACGAGCCUCGUGACGGGACAGGCGCGCAAUGACAAGCAGCAGCAGAUCCUCGACGACAAUCUGGGCACAUCCUCGGGCCGCAACAUCGACGAUCACCUGCUGAAGACUAUCGGUAAGGGUGGGAUCAAAUUGGUGAUGGCUGGAGGCUCCUCUACGACCACACCCAAACCGUCAGUACAACAUCAUUACUAUUAUCCACCAGAGGAUCAGCAGCAUCCGCGCCAGUACGGCUACGGUCCCUCGGCCGCGUAUCCCCCCUGGCUGCAUGCCCCACAUCCGCCACGUCCACAGCUGCCACCAUGGGGGCCACCACCAGGACCACCGCAUUCGCAUCCGCCCUACUACGGUGGAUAUCCAGGCUAUCCAGGCUGGGGUGGCGGCUACCCUGGCGGCUAUCCCGGCUAUCCCGGAUGGGGCGGUGGUGGUGGUGGUGGAGGUGGCUACCCAGGCUAUCCCGGCUAUCCAGGAUAUCCCGGUUAUCCCGGCUACCCCGGCUAUCCCUACUAUCCCUACUAUCGCUCUGCAGGCACCACGGAGGUGGACAACCAAGUGCCCGGUGGCCCCGAUCUCGCUCCCUCCACCAUUCCUGGCGUCUUUCAGGGUCGUCAAGUGCUCACCCAGAAUUAUCUCGAGGGCAGGGCCAAUGGAGCCAACAUUGUGCCACUCUACCAUCUGCUGCAAAUGUCCAGAGCUUAAGAUUUGUCAAUAAAAAUAUGUACGAGAAGUUUACACGA